AUGACACCGUCGCUCCACCGGUGUCACAAUUUUACCCUGGUGGAGGGUGGCAACACGGCGACGAUGAGCUGCGUGCUCUUCAGCACGGGCCUCCUGGGCAACCUGUUAGCGCUGGGGCUGCUGGCGCGCUCGGGGCUGGGGUCGUGCCCGCCGCGCUCCAAGCACCGGUCGCCUUCAGUCUUCUACGUGCUGGUGUGCGGUCUAACGGUCACCGACCUGCUGGGCAAGUCACUCGUGAGCCCCUUCGUGUUGGUCUCAUACGCGCAGAACCGUAGCCUGCGGGGGCUGGCGCCAGGCGCCGACAGCUCCGUGUGCCACACCUUCGCCUUCUUCAUGACCUUCUUCGGACUCGCCUCCACGAUGCAGCUGCUGGCCAUGGCCCUGGAGUGCUGGCUCUCGCUCGGGCAUCCUUUCUUCUACCGACGGCACAUCACUUUGCGCCGGGGCGCGCUGGUGGCGCCCGCGGUGAGCGCUUUCUGCCUGGCUUUCUGCGCGCUGCCCUUCGCGGGGUUUGGGAAGUUCGUGCAGUACUGCCCCGGCACCUGGUGCUUCUUCCAGAUGGUCCACGAGGAGCGAUCGCCUUCGGUGCUGGUCUACUCGGUGCUCUACGCCAGCCUCAUGGCGCUGCUCAUCCUUGCCAUCGUGCUGUGCAACCUGAGCGCCAUGCGCAACCUCUACGCUAUGCACCGGCGGAUGCGGCGGCGCCCGCGCUGCUGCGCCAAGGACCCUGCAGAGCCCGAGGCGGCGAAGCCCCUGGAGGAGCUGGACCACCUCCUGUUGCUGGGGCUAAUGACGGUGCUCUUCACCAUGUGCUCUCUGCCUUUAGUUUAUCGUGCUUACUAUGGAGCAUUUAUAAUCGACCCCAAGAAAACUGAAGCCUAUAAAGAAUCAGACGACCUCCUUGCCUCACGUUUUUUCUCUGUGAUCUCAAUCGUGGACCCUUGGAUUUUCAUCAUUUUUAGAACAUCAGUGUUUCGGAUGCUUUUCCACAAGAUCUUCAUAAAGCCUCUUACAUAUAGGCCUUGGUACAAUCAUUCCUGCCAAACAAAAGUGGAAUCAACUCUGUGACAAUCUUUUAUGAUCUCUGGUAAGCUGCAGAACCGAUCACAUUUUACAUCAACAGCAUGAUGAAAAAAAUCUACAUUUUAACUUCCUCAAGGUAAUCUUCUGCAAUAAAACAUUCAACUGUAUUUUCAA